AAAAUGUUGGUGAUAUCUCUGGCAUUUCAGAUGCAUGACCAAUUAAUCGGUAUUGAUUAGAGCGCUGUAUCUGAUAAAUUUGCAGAUACAGCUCUAAUUUCUGAUAACAUUUUCGUUAUAAAAGAGAGUUGUUUCACCGGGAAGAGCUUCAGUUCCGAAAAAAGAUUCUCUGAGUGGAAAAUUUAGUGAAGAAAUUUGGGAAAUGUUGUGGUGCUUUGUGGUUUUAGCUCUCUCUGCAAGUGCUUUAGCAGAUAAUUAUGCAUUCCAGGCAAAUGAUUUACCUUCUUUGAAUGUUAUGCCAACCCUUGCCAAUGGGCACGUAGGAUUUGUCGUAUUUGAGAAUUCCCUUUUAGUGAAUGGGCUCUACAAUGGCUUCAUGGGCUACAGUCAUCGUGCAAGAAUACCCAAUUAUUCCAACAUUCAACUGAGAUCGUGCGCCAAUGAGACAACCACCACAGCCGAUGAUUGUCUCUACGAAUUAAACAUUCAGCAUGGAUUCUUCCGCACAACCCUCACAACGAGCACGCAUACGGCAGAGCACAGGGUGUAUGCUCAUCGAUUCUUCAAUCGCAUUAUUGUGAAUGAAUUUCAAUUGACACGAAAUGGUGGAGCUACAGACGCCAUCACUGUGGAUUUAAUUCAACAACCCGAUGAACCUAGCGUGGAUGUUACCCUCUCCUCAGCUACACCUGAAACAAUUCAGGGGCAAACCUUUCAGCACAUUAUAGGUCAGACAGUUGCACGAGAAGAUCCAAAUUAUCAGAAAGAUCUCCGAACGAUCAAUGUCUUCUACACGAUUGCUCCGCAACAACUAACUCUGGCUCAGGGACAAAAUACACUGACUGUACGAUACCUAACUGCUGUUGAUUUUGACGCAGCUGUGGCAAGGAAGGAUCUCGAGGAUGCCCUACUGGGAUCUGCUCAGCUACUUGCCACGCAUCAAGCUCAGUGGGAGACAUUUUGGACGGAUUACGGCAUCACCGUGGAAGGUGAUGAUGAUCUUGCAAAAUCCAUUCAUACGAGUCUCUUCUUCCUGGCCAGCUCUCUACCAUCCCUGUCAACUAAUCAGGAAAAUACCGACUUCUACGGCUUGGCACCAGCGGGUCUAGGACGUGGAGGAAUUAUGCUUGCUGAGUAUCAAGGACACAAUUUCUGGGACACGGAAAUUUGGAUGCAGCCCCCAAUUUUAAUGCUUGAACCCCGAUGGAGUCGUGAUCUCCUUCACUACCGGCACAUUACACGCGAAGCCGCUCAGAAUCAUGCACGACAAACUGGGUGGAAGGGUAGGAGGUACCCAUGGGAAACAGCCUACACUGGCAGGGAAGUGACACCACCAUGCUGCCCGGAAGUUGUUCUCUAUCAGCAUCACAUCACUGCUGAUAUUGUCUUUGCAGCUCGUUCGCAUUUCUUUGCUACACACGAUUUUGAGUAUAUGCGCCAAGAGGGCUGCCAAUUGGCCGUUGAAAGUGCUGAAUUCUGGGAGAGUAGAGUUGUGUGGAAUGAUCAAACGGAGAGAUAUGAUAUUCACGGGGUAAUGGGUCCAGAUGAGGAUCACCACAAUGUGAGCAACAAUGGCUACACAAAUGUAAUGGCAGGAUACAAUUUGUACUUCUCCGAAUUCGCUUCUUGCAUCUGCAGAGAAGUUCUGAAUUUGCAAGAAUACCAAUUGGUGGAAAGAUGGUCAGAGAUUGCAAGACAUUUAACACUCCUGCACGACGAAGAGCACGACUACUAUCCGCAAUUUGAGGGCUACGAACGAGGGACGGAGAUUAAACAAGCUGACGUUGUUCUCCUGGCCUUCCCACUGCAGUACCCCAUGGAUGAUAGCACGAAGCAGAACAACCUCCAUUACUAUUCGAGUGUCACGCGUGACAAUGGGCCCGCAAUGACGUGGUCUAUGCACGUUGUGGGUCAUUUGGACAUUGGAGAGUUGGAGGAAGCAGCAGAGAACUUCCGGAAGAGCUACAACUACAUCCGCACACCCUUUAUGGUUUGGAGUGAAGUUGUUGAGGGUUUCGAGGGUGCUGGGAACUUCAUCACAGGUGCUGGAGGUUUCCUUCAGGGGAUUAUCAAUGGCUACGCUGGGGUACGACUCCAUCAGGAGAGUUUGACAAUUGAACGCCCCCGAAUCCCGCCGGGAAUCACCUCGCUCACCAUCAACCGAAUUACCUACUUAGGUUCAACAUUCAGCAUAACUCUCCAUGAGAAUGAUGCCGCAGUCACUGUUACGCACGCAAAUGCCGACAUUCCCCUAUCCUACUUCCUCAAUGAUGCUGAAUUUGAAGGGCAAAUCCCGGCUAUCAAAUCAACCGAUAUCCUGACAAUUAAACCCAAAUCGCUACCCUUCAGCAACUGCCCACUACCGGCAAACAUAAUUGGGGCUGCCGGAAGCUUGAAAAUUGCAUCAAUACUUCUCUUUGUUGCCUCAACUGCCACACUUUUCAUUGCGAGAUUUUUGUAGAGGAACUUGAGAGAAUUUUUAGGAAAUAAAAUAAAAGAAUUAUUUACCUGGAUGCUAAAA